AUGGCUUCCAGAAAGCGAAAACGGCUGUCAUUCUCAGAAAAAUACGCGAUUUUGGCCGAACUCGACUCCGGCGUGUCACGGAAUGCGUUGGAAAAGAAGUACGACGUCCCUCACGGUACUUUAGCUGGCAUCAUCAAAGACAGGCGUCGAAUAGAAGAAGCAGUUGCCAGCGGAACGAUCCUAGGUGCUAAGAGUUCAAAGUUAUCGAGAUAUUCUCAGAUCGACGCUGCACUGCUUGAGUGGUUUCGUCGAAUUAGGGCCAAUUGUCCAGAAACUCCGAUAACUUGUCUGGAGAUUCUAACAAAGGCAACCACAAUAGGAAAAGAGCUGAAAAGAAGAGAAGUUGCUGCUUACGAGUUCUUUGACGAAAAUUGCCUCGAUCUCAAUUGGGUGGAUCGCUGGAAGAAGAGGAAUGCAAUAGCAUCAAAGAAAAUGCACGGCGAAAGUCAAUCAGCUGACAAAAAUGCUGCAGCUGAUUGGGUGCAAAAUCAGCUGGAAUUGAUUCGACAAGAAUUCUCUGAUGACAACAUCUUUAAUGCAGAUGAAACUGCGCUAUUUUGGAAACUCAUGCCUGAUAGAACCCUCGCAUUCAAAGGUGAAAAGUGCCGAGGAGGAAACAUUCUAAGGAACGCCUAA